AUGACGUUGUUCACCGAGCCAUCGGCUCCGCGCCGAUUCGGAUUAGCGCUGCGGGGCAGCCUGAACUCCGUCAACGUAGCAUGCGCGGUCCUCUUCGCCAGAUACAACGAUCUUUCGCAAUGGAGCCAGUUAUUACAAGAAGAGCGCAUUCUAAUCAUCAUCGAGCUUGUGUCAGCCGCGCUGGCCGGUGCGCAUGGCUUACUGCUGCCACGCCGCCCGGAGGUCUUCUGGAACGGAGUUGUUGUGGACAGACAAGCCACAAGCUCGGUAUUUGGCCUACUGUUCUUCUCCUGGUCCCAAUCGUCGCUUCAUGUUCUAUCGAAAGCAACCGCGCCGAUGAUAUGCUGCCUUCCGGAGCUCAACUCCAGAACGCGCGCGCUUCACCUCCUGCAGCAGUUUCGGCAACAUGACACUUUUCAAAACAAUCCAUACCCUCUCUGGAGGAUGUUGUCGGUCGUUUACUCACGGAAGUUGAUUGUGCAGCUGAGUCUGACUAUUCUUGGAUCCAUCAUCAGCUUCGCGCCGCAGAUGAUGCUUCUCGGUAUCCUCAGAGCCAUGGAGCGAGAUACCGAUAGCGAAAAUAGACUGACUACGACUACUCCAUGGAUACUUGGUCUUGGAGCGAGCGUCAUUAUCUCUGCUCUAGUGGAGAAGUGGACUGUUUGGGUGUCGAGCAUAGACUUGGGUCUGAAAAUGCAGAAGCAGCUUACCAUGCUUCUCUUUGACAAGAUGCUUCGAGGCAUGUCUACGGAACCGGAAGAAGAAGACGACGAGAAUGAAACGAAACCAACGGACCCAGCAAGUCUCAAUCUCAUCAACCUGGUCGCGGCCGAUACGCAACAAAUCGGCAACUGCAUUCGAGAGGUCUACAGGGGUUACGAGUCGCUCAUCAAGCUGGCGAUCUCCGGGUUCCUCAUUCAGCAGCUCAUGGGAUGGAGAAGUCUGGUCGCCAGCAUCAUCAUGAUAGCCCUGCUUUUCGGUGCCAACGCGCUCGUUGCACGGCGACUCGCGCAAGGGCAGAGCAAGCUCAUGGCUGACAAGGACCUACGCGUCUCAGCCGUCACGGAAGCUUUGCUAGGAGUCCGUCAGAUCAAGCUUUCUGGAGCGGAGGAUAACUGGGCCACGUAUGUUUCAGACCAACGCAACAAAGAGCUGAAUAGUCUUUGGGCGGUCAAUCGAUGGAGCAUGGCCUCGAGGGCGAUAUGUACGCUAACCCCGAUUGUACUUUCCGUACUCGUCAUCUCGAUACACGUACACGCUACUGGAAGUCUGAAAGCAUCUACUGCUUUUACAGCGCUAUCAAUUCUCGGAUCUAUAAACGGUACACUGGCGGCUAUUCCUCCCCUACAAUCAAGUUGGGUGCGCGCCUCGAACAGCUUGCGACGCCUCCAGGAAUACCUCUAUGCGGCCGAUCAGUGCUUUCCCUCGACCAACCAUGAUGAGAUCAGCUUUAGCAACGCGACGAUUCGGUGGAAUGGCACAGGGCCGAACGACUUCGCUCUCAAAGACCUGACAUUGUCCUUUCCUCAAGGUGCUGUGAGCGUCAUCGAAGGGCCCAAUCGCUCUGGAAAGAGUCUACUACUGGCCGCUGUUCUUGGGGAGUGCGAGCUCGUCUCGGGAAAUGUCACCAAGCCCAGCCUUGUCGCUCAGACACGAGGUGUGACAGGCGGCCGCUCUUGGCCCUUGAAUGUAGCAAUCGCGUAUGUCGGACAGACGCCGUGGAUUGAAGCUGGCACGAUCAUGCAAAACAUCACAUUCGGGCUUCCGAUGCAAGCAAGACGAUACAAGAAGGUGCUUUUUGCCUGUGCCCUGGAAACGGAUCUUGCAACUUUCAAGGAUGGCGACUGGACCGAAAUCGGACCGCAUGGUGUCAAUCUCAGUGGUGGCCAGCGCUCACGUAUCGCGCUUGCGCGUGCCCUCUACUCCUCCGCGGCUACACUAGUACUGGACGACAUCUUCAGCGCUGUCGACGCUCACACUGCGCUUCAUAUCGCAGAGCACGUCUUAAGUGGCUCACUCGUCCAAGGGCGUACCGUCAUCUUGGCUUCGCACCAUCCCUCGCUCUACAUGCCUAGCGCGAACUACAUCGUUUCACUAUCGGGUGAUGGCCAGUACCAGUCCAGAUAUGCGGACGACCGCAUUGAUGAAGAAUCACAUGAUAUACCCAACGCCAUGACAAAGAUGACCCCAAGGAUUCGUUCUGGAUCAAUUGCCAAGGCCAGGUCGAGACAUUCUCGCAAUCUCUCGACGUUAUCUGUCACAUCUGGGGAGCUGUUCGUGAUUCCAGAUUCCACGGGUGUCAUGACCACCCACCAAUAUGUUGUGGACGAGCAGGAACGUAACUCGGGAUCACAACACAGUACUUUGAUGCUAUAUCUGCGGUAUAUUGGGGGCCUCUGGUACACACUACUGAUUGUCCUAAUAUACGCGGGCUAUGUUGGCAUUGUCGUCGGACAGGUAUGUUUCACAUCGUGUACACGAGCGAUGUUGUGA